AUGAAGGGGCAGCCGGCCGACCCGAAAACCCCUGAUGGAAUGCCAAGGGAAUCAUCCAUCCAACCAAGACCAAAGAGAAGUGGACUCAGGCAUGUUGAGGACACACGCCAGCUAGGAUGCACUGCUCUCUUCUUCGCGGUAUUCAUCUAUGCCUGGAUAAACUUUGAGUCGCCUCUAUCCGCCGGCCUACUCUCAUUUGCGAUUUGGCUAUCACUCUUUCAACUCUCCUUCAUGGGCGCGGUGGCGACGCACAAUGCCAUUCAUGCACCCUUAUUCUACAACCCACGAUUGAAUGGACUAUAUCAGCUCUGCCUGUCGCUGCAGUAUGGUUUUUCAGUCUCCGUCUUCAUUCCGGGGCAUAAUCUGUCGCACCACAAGUAUCCCCAGCAAGCCAGAGAUUUCAUGCGUACUACGAAAGUAUCAUACCAAUGGAAUCUGCUGAACGGUAUCUUGUUCUUCUGGCACAUCGUUUUGACUGGGAGCGAUGACGAGAAGUUGUAUUUCGCUGCUCAGGAACGAAAGAAUAGGCCGAUUGCGCGACAGCGGCGCCUGGAACAAGCAGUAGUGUUUGGCACCAUGGCUGUGCUGAUAUUACUUGACUGGCGUCGUUGGAUUUGGUUUGCGCUGAUUCCUCAAUUCUAUGCAAAAUACUGCAUCUUGUCACUGAACUUGCUACAACAUGAUGGUUGUGAUAGUUCGUCCAAGUACAACUUUGCGCGCAACUUUACGGACCCAUUGCUCAACUGGCUUUGUUUCAAUAAUGGAUUCCACACAAUUCAUCACUUGUACCCAGGCCUACAUUGGUCUGUUCUGCCGCAGAAGCACCGGGAACUCAUUGCGCCUCACAUUGCGCCCACUUUGGAAGAGCCCAGUAUUCUAGGUUACAUGUGGCGGACCUUUAUCUGGCCUGGUGUCCGAUUGGAUUUCCGUGGAAACCCACUGGUCAUCACCAAAGAAGAGAUGGAGAUGAAAGACGAACCUUGGAUUUACGAGCAGGAUGAGACUUAUUCGUCAAACAAAGAGUAUCUCCCAGAGGGUAUGAGUUGA